ACUCCUCCAUUUCUCACCUAUUCUUAGUUAUAUAUACUUUAUCACACUCAAGGUAGGAGUGGCUGUGCUCGAAUGAUUCAAUCUCAUGGCUCGAAUCAAUUUGGGCAUGGUUCCCUCCUACGUUUAUUUCUCAGAUUCCACUAAGAAGAAGAAGAAAAAUAUUAUAUAUAAAUUGUGAAAUGGGUUUCUGUUUUUGUUUCUGGCGCUAUUAGAUCUGUUUGCGAGUGUGCUCGAUCCACCCUCGUUUACUCACAAGGUUAAACCGUCACGUUUGUACGAAGUUGUGGUUUUUUUCUUUUGUCUUUUGGCACUGUUUGAAACACUCACUCUCGGGAGGAUUUCGUUGAUUUGCACCCUUUGAGCCAAAGAGUGUUUUUUUGGCUUCAUUUUAUGUUAGUUUUGGUGGAAACAGCAUAUGGGUUGCAUCACUUUGGGGCUGGGAAUUUGAUGAUGAUGCAUGGUCAGCUUAGUAAUCAUGGGGUGGUUGUGGGGUUUGUUGGGUUUUCAGGGAGUUGGUUUUGUUGUUUGUAUCUUUAUUUGUUGAGGGUGCUCAGGUACGGGAACUAUAUAAUAGCAUCUUAGGGGUCUGGGGUUGUAUUGUAUGCAAUAAUGGGUAACGGCACUUCUCGUGUUGUUGGCUGUUUGGUGCCAUUCAAUGGCAAAAGUGGAGUUGAUUUGGAGUUUUUAGAGCCAUUAGAUGAAGGGUUAGGCCAUUCCUUCUGUUAUGUGAGGCCAUCUAUUUUUGAAUCUCCUGCCAUUAGCCCAUCAAACUCUGAGAGGUUUACAGUUGAUUCCAGUACCCUGGAUUCUGAAACCUUGAGUGGAUCCUUUAGGCAUGAUAGUAUGGAAGAUUCUUCUGGCAUACACAAGCCGAGUAAGAAUUUUCCAGAAACCACAUUCAAGACGAUUUCAGGGGCUUCUGUUAGUGCCAAUGUUUCAACUGCAAGGAUUUGUAACCAGAGUGCAUUGUUUGCUAGUGAUGUCCUGGAACCUGCUGCUUCAUUUGAGGGAACUGCUUCUUUUGCUGCAAUCCCUUUGCAGCCUGUUCCACGUGGUUCUGGACCUUUGAAUGGUUUCAUGUCUGGCCCCCUGGAGAGAGGUUUUGCCUCAGGUCCAUUGGAUAGGGGUGGUGGUUUCAUGUCUGGGCCAAUAGAGAAGGGAGUUAUGUCAGGUCCUCUUGAUGCCACUGACAAAUCCAAUUUUUCGGCACCACUUGCACGUGGUCGUCGAAGGCCAGGCCUCCAACAUCUCAUGAGAAGUGUAAGUGGACCAAUGAAGAACACUUUCUCUCGGACCUUCUCUAAGCAUUCUAUGGGUAGCAGUUGGAUGCAAAGGUUAUUCUUUCACCCAGUGACUCAACUAGCCUGGCAUUCCAAAGAUGCAAAGUUUCGACCUGAAGUCUCAAGGAACUGUAUUGAAGUUGGACCAUCUGAAGCGGAGUAUAAGCAUACACACAAUUUGCAGUGGGCUCAUGGUAAGGCUGGUGAAGAUAGGGUUCAUGUUGUGCUUUCUGAAGAACAAGGGUGGUUGUUUAUUGGGAUAUAUGAUGGUUUUAGUGGACCAGAUGCACCUGAUUUUCUGAUGAGCCAUCUUUAUAGAUUUGUAGACAAGGAAUUGGAAGGUUUACUUUGGGAUUAUGAAGAUAAUCCUAUAGAUCCAUUUAAACCUGAAGUCCCUGAAACUGUAAAAGCUGUGGUUGCUCCAGAAUGCAGUAGGGGGGAAAUGUCUGAUACUCAUGCUAAUUCAAAUCAAGAAUGUUUAGAAGCUUCUUCUGGUUCAGUGAUGAUCAAGGAUCAAUCAACUGCCAGGGAGAUAGUUGAGGAAAAUGCUGAAGCUAAGAUUAAUGUUGAACACCUGUUACCUAAUUGUGGAAGUCCCAGUAUCUCGUGUACUCUUCCAGCUUCCGGUCAACUUGGACAAUUGACUGGAAAAGGUAGAAAAAGUGUGCGGCUUUAUGAGUUACUCCAGAUGGAAUCUUGGGAUGAACAUGGUUUUUGGUCAGUCUCAGAACAAUGUAAAGAUUCUUCGGUUUGUAGGGAAUCAACACUAGAUAGGUAUAUGAGACCUUGCUCAUCUAAUGCAAAAGAAGAUGGUUCUAAACAUCAGGAAGAAGGUCCCACUACAUCAGGAGAAAAUGUGGGCACUGGGUUUGAUUCAACCAAUCAGGAACCUGAAGCUGCUUUUUCUGUUUUGGGACAAAGGCAGAAUUCGAGAAAGUCAUUUAUCAGUACAAAAAUCAGAAAAAUGUACAGGAAGCCAAAGUCCUUGUGUAAGAAACUUUUUCCUUGGAGUUAUGAUUGGCAUAGGGAGGGAAGUUGUGUUGAUGAGAAAAUAUUGGAAGCCUCAGGACCAAUUAGAAAAUGCAAGUCUGGAGUAGAUCAUAACGCUGUUUUAAGAGCAAUGGCUCGAGCUCUUGAAAGAACAGAAGAGGCAUACUUGGAAAUGGUGGAGCAUAAUCUGGACAAAAAUCCAGAGCUUGCUUUAAUGGGAUCAUGUGUUUUAGUGAUGCUGAUGAAGGAUCAAGAUGUUUAUGUCAUGAACCUUGGAGAUAGUCGAGUGAUUGUGGCUCAAGAAAGACCAAAUGAUCGUCAUCCUAAUCCAAGUUUUGUCAAGGAUGAUGUGAGGCAUAGAAAUCGAUCUAGAGAGUCAUUAGUACGCAUGGAGCUGGAUAGGAUUUCGGAGGAGUCCCCAAUUCACAUGCAUAACAGUCAUGUCAACAAGAUGAAUAAAAACCGUGAGAUAUCCAUGUGCAGAUUAAGAAUGAGGGCUCUUCAGCUUUCCACUGAUCACAGCACAGGUAUUGAAGAGGAAGUUUUUAGAAUAAGAGCAGAACACCCGGAUGAUAAUCAAGCCAUAUUAAAUGAUCGAGUGAAAGGACAUUUAAAAGUCACCAGAGCAUUUGGUGCUGGGUUCUUGAAGAGGCCAUCUUUUAAUGAAGCUCUACUGGAGGUGUUUCGAGUUGAUUAUGUGGGCUCUGCUCCUUACCUAAGUUGCACACCUUCUGUUCUUCAUCACCGCCUUUCCUCGAGUGAUCGUUUCUUGGUACUUUCCUCUGAUGGGCUUUACCAAUACUUCAGCAAUGAAGAGGUAGUUGCCCAUGUCACAUGGUUCAUGGAAAAUGUCCCCGAAGGUGAUCCUGCACAAUACCUUAUUGCGGAGCUUCUAUUCUGUGCUGCUAAAAAGAAUGGAAUGGACUUUCAUGAUUUGCUUGAUAUUCCUCAAGGAGAUCGACGUAAAUAUCACGAUGAUGUAUCUGUUAUGGUGGUUUCUUUGGAGGGAAGGAUUUGGAGAUCAUCAGGAUAGUUCUUUUGUAUUUAAUUUUUGGAGGUGCCUUCAUAUUUGCAUGUUGCCUUGAUAAUGAAACAAUUUUGAGCUAGGAGUAAAAUGAUUUUGGAAAUCAAUAUUAGUCUUUGAAAUAUUUGAA